AUGCCGAGGAUGCAAGACUUGAUGACGUACAUCAUCGCCAUCCAGGCCGACGUCACCAACCUGAACAUCGACAUGAACGACCCUGGCCACCUCGAAGAAUUGCAGGCCGUCGCCGCGCGCAUCUUCUCCAACAACAUAGACGCGUGGGUGCAGAUGCAGGUGCGCGAGUUCGCUAUCAGGCAGCCGGUGCCCUACUCGAAGGUGCUCAUGAGGAGCGACCCUAGCAAGUUCAUCGAGGCCAUGGGCAACUUCGUGCACAUCGCGUGCGACACGAGCCGCGUCCAGGGCAAGGAUCGUCAGGAGCGGCACCGGGACCAGGACAGGAACGCCGGGCACCCCCCCGGCAGCGUGGCGAACGUGGCGAACAUUUGCAUGGAUGACGCCACCACCACGAGCGACACUGAGCAGGCGGCGGACGCGCGCCAGACGAGCCAGCCCCCGGCCGAGCCGGACGGGCGGCAGCCGCCCGAUCGCGGGCAUGCCCCCGAGGGCGGUUCUCAGCAGGAGGA